UGUGCUGCUGUUGUGUCCCACGUAGGGCACGGAGGUGUGAAUCAGCUCGGCGGGGUGUUUGUGAACGGCAGACCCCUCCCGGACGUGGUGCGACAGCGGAUAGUGGAGCUGGCCCACCAAGGGGUUCGGCCCUGCGACAUCUCCCGGCAGCUGCGGGUCAGCCACGGCUGCGUCAGCAAGAUCCUGGGCAGAUACUAUGAGACUGGCAGCAUCAAACCAGGGGUGAUCGGUGGCUCCAAACCUAAAGUGGCCACGCCAAAGGUGGUGGACAAAAUCGCAGACUACAAGAGACAGAAUCCCACCAUGUUCGCCUGGGAGAUCCGAGACAGGCUGCUGGCAGAGGGCGUCUGCGACAACGACACCGUUCCCAGCGUCUCGUCAAUUAACAGGAUCAUCCGAACAAAAGUCCAGCAGCCUUUCCAUCCAUCUCCCGACGGGUCGUCCUUGUCAGGGCCAGGCCACACUAUAGUACCAAGCACAGCCUCUCCGCCUGUAACCAGCGCCUCCAAUGACCCUGCAGGAUCCUACUCCAUCAAUGGCAUUCUGGGUAUCCCACGAUCCAACGGUGAAAAGAGGAAAAGAGAUGAAGAUGGUUCAGAUGGUUCUGGCCCACACAGUGAUUCUCAGGGUAGUGUGGAGAGUUUACGGAAACACCUGAGGGCAGAUGCCUUCACCCAGCAGCAGCUGGAAGCGUUGGACCGGGUCUUUGAGCGCCCUCCGUACCCUGACGUCUUCCCCACGCCGGAGCAUAUCAAGCCGGAACAGGCUAAUGAGUACUCGCUCCCUGCCCUGAAUUCCAGCCUGGACGAAGUCAAGCCCAGUUUAUCCUCUAGCGCCAACCCAGACCUGGGCCCCAGUGUGUCGCAAAGCUACCCUGUAGGUCGGGAUAUGGCCAACACAACCCUCCCUGGGUAUCCCCCUCACGUCCCCCCCACAGGCCAGGGCAGCUACCCGACCUCCACGCUCGCCGGGAUGGUUCCUGGGAGCGAGUUUUCGGGGAACCCCUACAGUCAUCCACAGUACACAACCUACAAUGAGGCCUGGCGAUUCAGCAACCCAGCAUUACUAAGUUCCCCUUAUUAUUAUAGUGCCGCAUCGAGAGGCUCCGCCCCUCCCACUGCUGCCACUGCCUAUGACCGUCACUAGUUACCAUGGAAACCAAAUCAACCUGCAGGACCAUGGCCUCAGCCUCCAUAUUGCCCCCGUGUGAGCGGCAUGGUCCACUGGACACUGAGCAACUGCGCAUAAAAUGUUCCUGGCUCACACAAAGAGACACUUAACGUUUUUUUUUUUGGGGGGGGGGGAUUCCGGACGACUCCUCUCCUCUCUUCUUGCAGCUUUUUUGGACAUUCAAAGCCAAAAAAAACCUACAAGACGUCAUCAGAGACACUUAAAGACACUACACAGACGAGGAACAUUGUGGCUACUUGCAGUGGUGUAAAAAAAUGACACAAAAAAAAAAAGAGAAAAAGACUGUAAACAAAAAUAUCCUGAAUUUAUUUCCCCCCCCCCUGUAGAACUGUCACAGUUUCAUCCCAUCAUGGAUCAAUACUGUACAUUCCUUUUCUUGGCGGCUCUCAGCAGGGAGGCCGUCCAGAGCAUAAAAUGUAGCAGCAGCCUUUUUCCCCUUCGUUUCCCAUUCAUCUCCCACUCGAUUCAAAUGGCAGCGCAGUGAGAUCAGAGGAGAUUAGCAGCAGCACACGCAGACUGCGACAGGCCAACGUGGUUUUUCAUCCAUCUGAACAGUCACCAAGCGAAAAACAUCCCGCAUGACGAAAAUCGAUCACUUUUGAUGCCAUGAGAAGAUUAGGACAUAUUCUCUGUGAUACACAAUCAAGAUGUAAAAAAAAUGAAAAUGAACUAAAUAAAGAAACAUCCGUUUGAAAAUAGGGGAAGCCGUGACAAUAUAUCACCAUGGCCCGCUAUUUGCAAGAUUUCAAGAAACUAGUAAAUAUAUUCUUAAAAUAAGUUUUUUAUUUCAUUUUUUUAUAAUUCGUAAAAACUGCAGACUGCUCGGCUAGUGUUUGACUAUUUCUUAUUUGUCAGGAUACGAGAGGUCAUCAGGCAAAACCUUUCUGUGUUUUCUGUUAAUUUUUUGCACUAUUUUCGGAGGUUUGCAACACUGGAGCGUUAUUAUGCAGAAAAAUGAUGAUGCAUAUUUGCUUUAUUUCAUGACUGUAUGUCUAACGAGUCUCAUUCUGAAAAGGCACUUACAGUUUCACAGUUUUUUCUCCCCCCCCCCCUGUACUUCAAAACCCAUUAUGUCACUGCCUUGACGUGCACUAUACUAUGUUCUCACAUCUUACAUUUUCAUUUAAGUUGAUUAAGUCUUUGGCAUUCAACCACAGAGAAAAGGAUAUAACAGCCAUCCCGAGUCACACCAGUGUCAUCAUUUGUCUAGUUUGGUGCGAGAAGCAUCCGGAUUCACUCUGAUUGGAUGAUUCUCACGACGAUUUCAGCUAAAUGCCUUAAACAUGUCCCCCCCUGACUUCAGCUCCGUCACAUGUUUCAGGCCGAGUCAUUUUCGUUAACUCAAGCUGGAACGACGGUUUCUUCAUCUGUCAAGUGAAUGUAUUCGCAUUUGCCAAAGACUUAGUUCUUGUUAAUGUUUAUUUACAGGCCGCCAAUAUGCAUCAUGAGAGCAGUAUUAUUAUUAUUGUUAUUAUUAUUAUUAUUGUUGUUAGGAAAAACCCACUUUGUUCAUGAGGAAAGUCUAUGUAUAAAUUCUAUGCAGUGCAGAGAUGGUCAUCAUAUGCAUAUUCAGCUGUAAACCUAAAGGUAGGUGGAGUUUAUUUAAUUAUGUUAUUUACAAAUGGUUCCUUUUUGUAGAAGGUUUUUUGUGUGUGAUGUGAAGACACUUCUCUGUAAAUACAGUAAGAAAAAAUGUCUUUCAUGUUUCAUGGGUAUCAUCACUUUCAUUACACUGGUCUCACUUGUACAAUAAUAAAAGUGUCUGAAAUCUUUUACGCAAAAAAAAA